AUGCGUUUUGAUGAAGCUAUAGAACAUCGGUUUGUCAAGCUUGAGGCGGCUUACAAAUCGUUCAUCAAGACCUCUGAUGCCUCUGACAGUGGCAGUGCCGCUGUUGUUAUUGUUGUUGCAGCAUUGCUCAAGCGCAAUUACAAGAUGAUGUCAUCUUGGAAGGUCGGUAGGAGUGUUGGAGUGAGGAUUAAUGAACAUAUGGCAGGAAAACGACGAAAAAGCUUGAUAACACCACUAGGAAGACAUAGACAUGAGGCCCACAAUGGAAACGAUUGUGACGUGAAAUGCGUUAUACUAGUUCAUGAAACAGAAAUAUCGGCAAGGAAGACAUACUCGUUCUCGUCUGCGAUGGAUGAAGAGGAUGAAGAUGAUAUUGCUAUAAAGCCGGUGUACAUCCUUGACUUCGGAAUAUCAAGAAAAAUCCUAAACUCAAAAGGUGAACUAAAAGCUCCACGACAGUCAGUCAGAUUCAAGAGUGCAAGGUCAGAAGGAGGCGAUGUCAACAAUCCAUACGACUGGGAACUUGGAGAAGACCCGACGCAAUCAGAAACAGGGUACAAUUUCACAGCUGCCUAUGAAAUGGCAAAUCUAUUCCGCACUUACAAUUAUUUCACUGACUAUGGAAAAGUGUCACCAUUUAUCAUUUGUGCUGCUUAA